GGUCGCUGCCGGCGCAGCCUCGCUCUGGAGUUUCCCUUCCGGGGUCAGAGGUGGCGGCGGGCCCGGAAGCGGCGGCCGGCGGGACCCGGACCCGGCACCGGCACCGGGAGGUGACGCUGCCCUGGUGGCCGAUGUCCCCGGAGGAUGAACAAGCCCACGGACGUGCAGCACGACCUGGAACGCAGCCUGCCUGCCAUCGCCUCCAUCAGCUCCUCCCUCUCCCAGAGCCAGGGCUUCUCCCCCUACUUCCUCUCCCCGGAGAAGAGAAAAGCCAUCUCGGAUGUGAGGAGAACCUUCUGCCUCUUCGUCACCUUCGACCUGCUCUUCAUCUCCCUGCUGUGGAUCAUCGAGCUGAAUACCAAGGUGGGCAUCAAGGAGAACCUGAAGGAUGAAAUCAUCAACUACAAAUUCAAGACUUCAUUCUUUGAUAUCUUUCUCUUGGCUCUGUUUCGAUUUGUUGUGCUGCUCUUGGGCUACGCCAUCGUUCGCCUGCGCCACUGGUGGGUCAUCGCGGUCACUACACUGGUAUCCAGUGCCUUCCUGAUUGUCAAGGUCAUCCUCUCUGAGCUUCUGACCAAAGGGGCUUUUGGGUAUUUACUUCCCAUCGUCUCGUUUGUCAUUGCUUGGCUGGAGACCUGGUUCCUGGAUUUUAAAGUCCUAACUCAAGAAGCAGAAGAGGAACGAUGGUUCCUGGCAGCCCAGGCUGCAGCCUCGAGGCCACUGCUGUACCCCCGAGCCCUCUCCGAGGGACCGUUCUACUCCCCACCCGAGUCCUUUGCAGGCUCAGACAACGAGUCUGAUGAGGAAGGUGUGGGGAGGAAGGCUUUGACAACUCAGGAAAAGGAGUAUGUCCGACAAGGCAAAGAGGCCAUGGAGGUUGUGGACCAAAUCCUCGCCCAGGAGGAGAACUGGAAGUUCGAGAAAAACAAUGACUUUGGUGAUGUUGUUUACACUUUUGAAAUCCCUUUCCACGGCAAGACCUUUAUUUUAAAGGCUUUCCUGCAGUGCUCCCCUGAAAUGGUUUACCAGGAGGUGAUUCUGCAGCCCGAGAAGAUGAUCCUGUGGAACAGAACAGUGGCAGCUUGCCAGAUCUUGCAGCGGGUUGAGGACAACACGAUCGUCUCGUACGACGUGGCGGCCGGAGCUGCUGGCGGGGUGGUGUCCCCAAGGGAUUUCGUGAACGUGCGUCGGAUCGAGAGGAGGAGAGACAGGUACGUGUCCUCAGGGAUGUCGACCACGCACAGCCUGAAGCCUCCGCUCUCCAAGUACGUCAGGGGUGAGAAUGGACCUGGAGGAUUCAUCGUCCUGAAGUGUCCCAGCAAUGCCAAGGUCUGCACCUUCAUCUGGAUUCUCAACACAGAUCUGAAGGGUCGCCUGCCCAGGUACCUGAUCCACCAGAGCCUGGCUGCCACCAUGUUCGAGUUCGCCUUCCACCUGCGCCAGCGCGUGGCCGAGCUCUGCCCCAAGCCCUGAGGACAUUCCAGGGCCAUCUCUGCUCUCUGGCCAUGGGGACAGGA